AUGGAAGAUGUCCAAGAACCUUCAGCUUCUUUGUGCAAUGGUUCUCAGGACACUUCAGAGGAAAAUCAAGAAAAGAAAGCUAUUCCUGUUCGGCGUAAACGACUAACGCGAUCAAGUUUUACUGCCUCCUUUUCGUCUCGCGAUACGAAAUCCUUCAUUGUGGAGGCAGAGGAGGAAAAGGAGAGCAGGGAUGGCACAGAAGAGUCCUCUCCAAGAGGAGUUCUAGAAGACUCUGUUAGCAUAGAAUCUGAAACUUCUUCCAAGACAAGCACUUCAAAUAGCUAUGAAUAUGAAACAACUUCUCCCAGGGCCAGCACUUCAGGCUCCGAAGGGCAACUGAAUGCCACCGCUCCCUGGCGUGACUUCUUUCGCGUACUUAAAAAGGGACCUGCAGCAAGCUUUCAUACUCUUCCUCCUCUGAAGAAAGGCGUACCAAAGCUGAGUAAAAGGAGAAGCAGAAGCAGAAGAUUCAGAGAGGAGAUUGUUCCAACUCUACAUUCUCCACUAGAUGGCGAGUUCUGCCAUUUCAAAUCUUCAUGGAAGAACUUUUCACUCUCAGAACUCCAUGCUGCAACUGAUACUUUUAGCAAAGAAAAUUUGAUUGGAGAAGGAGGCUAUGCUGAAGUUUACAAAGGGCAAUUGAAAGAUGGGCAGUUUGUUGCAAUUAAACGGCUGACCAGAGGUUCACCAGAAGAGAUGACUGUUGAUUUCUUAUCGGAGCUUGGGAUUAUAGUCCACGUUGACCAUCCUAAUGUUGCCAAAGUGAUUGGCUAUGGGGUCGAAGGGGGAAUGCAUCUUGUCCUUGAAUUGUCUGCCAAUGGGAGCCUAGCAUCUUUACUCUAUGGCCCAAAGGAAAAGCUGGACUGGCAAAUCAGAUAUAAAAUUGCUCUUGGAACUGCUCAGGGCCUACUGUAUCUUCAUGAGGAGUGCCAGAGGAGAAUCAUCCAUAAAGAUAUCAAGGCUUCCAAUAUAUUGCUAACACAGGACCUUGAGCCUCAGAUUUCAGAUUUCGGGCUUGCAAAAUGGUUACCAGAGGAGUGGUCUCAUCACACUGUAUCAAAAAUUGAAGGCACAUUUGGUUACCUUCCUCCUGAAUUCUUCAUGAAUGGGAUAGUCGAUGAGAAGACAGAUGUCUAUGCAUACGGAGUUCUGUUAUUAGAGCUCAUUACUGGAAGGCAAGCUUUAGAUAGUUCACAGCAGAGUCUUGUAAUGUGGGCAAAACCUUUGCUACUGAAUAAUAGCAUCAAGGAGCUUGUUGAUCCAAUUCUGGCAGAUGCCCAUGACUCAGAACAGAUAGAUCGUCUGGCAUGUACUGCUUGUAUGUGCAUACAUCAAUCUCCUUCGGAGCGACCUCAAAUGAGCCAAGUUGUGAAGGUUUUAAGAGGAGAUGAAAGCAGCUUGGAAGAGCUAAAGCAACGACAAAGGACUAAACACCAGAGAACACCCUCGGUUGAGCAACUCUUUGAUGCAGAUGAAUACGAUUCGCAAGAGUGUCUAAGCGAUCUCAAUCAACAGAUGGAGGUGGUUUUGGGCAACCGUAAUGAAAAGUCCGAAGACCAUCACCGAUCAACCGGGUGCGAGAGCCUUAACGAUCCGAAUCAACAGGAGGGAGUGGCGGUUCCGAGCCAUACUGAAAUUUAA